AGACGCACAGGCACUUCCCCGCAGCAGGCCCUCUGCCUUCCAGGACCGGCUGUUCCGUGGCGGAGGCACCGGGCAGGGGCUCGGGCAGCCAGAGGCUGAAGCGCUCCGGCACAGCUGAACCGGCCCCGCUCGGAGCCCGGCUGCUGGGUUUGCUCCGAGGAGCUGGUUCUAGGGAGCCAGGCGGGACAUACCCCCACGUCGCCGCCCGCCUCUCCGGUGGCUCACGGGGAGGAGAGGCCUAGCUUCUCAGGAAGACGGCGCACGCACCACUCUGGACUGUUGCUGGCGCCCCGGAUCCCUCCCCGGGAUGGGCGGAGAGGCUGGCUGCAGCUGGGGCCUGGCCCUGCUCCAGGUGCAGGAGGGAGGGUAAGGACGGGCCCAGGUGGGCUCACCGGCACCUGUCACAUGGGCCUUCCAGACGCCUCUGAGAAUGAGCGGUGAUGUCCUCUAGCAGCCCCUAGCUGGUCUCGGCUCUCCCUGGCCACAGCGACUGACCGGGGCCGGGACUUUCUCCAGGACAAGCGGACGGCACCGGCAGUCAGCGAUGACUGUUCAGAAACUGGUGGCCACAGCGGUGCUGGUGGCCCUGGUCUCUCUUGUCCUCAACAACGCGGCGGCCUUCACCCCCAACUGGGUGUACCAGACGCUGGAGGACGGGCGCAGGCGGAGCGUGGGGCUGUGGAAGUCCUGCUGGCUGGCAGAUGGGACCCGGGGAGGGCCGAGCCCCGGGGCCCGGCCGGGGCCGGCGGACGCCAGAGACUGUGAGGCCCUGGGCUGGGGCUCCGAGGCGGCAGGCUUCCAGGAGGCUCGAGGCACCGUCAAACUGCAGUUUGACAUGAUGCGCGCCUGCAACCUGGUGGCCACGGCGGCACUCGCUGCGGGCCAGCUCACCUUCGUCCUGGGUCUGACGGGCCUGCCCCUGAUGUCGCCCGAUUCACAGUGCUGGGAGGAGGCCAUGGCCGCCGCGUUCCAGCUGGCGAGUUUCGUCCUGGUCAUUGGGCUGGUGACGUUCUACAGAAUCGGCCCGUACACCAGCCUGUCCUGGUCUUGCUACCUGAACAUUGGUGCCUGCCUCCUGGCCACCCUGGCAGCCGCCAUGCUCAUCUGGAACAUCCUUCACAGGAGAGAGGACUGCAUCGCACCCCGGGUGAUUGUCAUCAGCCGCUCCCUGACCGCGCGGUUCCGCCGAGGGCUGGACAACGAGUACGUGGAGUCACCGUGCUGAGGGCCGCUGGGGGACACCUGCCCAGGACUUUCUCCACUAUAACCAAACAGCGUAGAAGCCGCAGGGCUGUCCGUGCGGGCCAUCCGUAGGGUUUCCCAUAUAUACAUGUACGACCCACAGCUACGUUUACUACGUUACACAUAAGCAUAUUACGUGGUUAUAUACCGCCUGCGCCACGCGCCUGAUGCGCCCACCACUGGGCUUCACUGUCCGCACGUUCCAGGAGGAGAGCAGCUCCUCGGGUGCAAGGACGGCAGCCAGCUCACUCUGCGCCUCGGUCUAGGAUUAAUUUAUUCUCUAUCUGCUGAGGGGUGGGUCCUCGGUCACAUUUACUUUGGUAAAGCAGACUACCCGGGAAGAUUUUCCGGAACGGUCCGUGAUCUUCCUCGAGUGACUUAGAAUUUACAACCAGAUGGCUACGGUUUUAUGACAGGACUGUGUCAGUAAUGUCCGUUUUGCUCCUGAUUAUUUUUCUAAGUUAAAAUAAAAUGCAAACUUCC